AUGGAAGACGAAGCAUUAGCAUUAACGUCUGUUAAUGAACAAAAUUCAAAUGGCACUGCUCCACCAGUUUUCGAUCCUAUACAACUGCAAGAUUACCUUCACCAACUUUUACCUUUACUUUUAGGAGCUGAGGCAGAUGAUUUAAAAAGGACUUUAUGGGAUUUACCUGAAACCCUUGAAAAACUCAGAAAAUUUGCAAAUGACCCUCAGGUCAAUGCCAUAUACAUUAUAAAAGAAAAAGACGAAAAGAAAGAUGAAGAUGAUCAAGCCAUAUUGUCAACAUCUUAUUCUUAUACUUUAUCACAAGAAAUUACUUAUUAUUCAAACCAUGUCGCUUCCGUUGUAAUGAUAAAACGUAUUUCAAAUUUGGAUCCUACAAGGUUGAUUCAAACUCAAGUACAGAUCAUAAAUUUGCCUGGUCCUGCUUCAAGCGAAUCCGGAUCAGUUGCUGUAAACCCAUAUGAAGCGAUUCAUUCCUAUAUACAUUUAGCUGUUGCUCCUUAUUUCGAUGCCUAUGUUAAUGCAAAAGGUAUAAAUACUGAACUUACUACUAUUGGUAAGAAACAUGAUGAUUCUAAAAUGGGAAUUCCAAUGGCUAAAAAGAAGAUCGCCGAAUUGGAAUUGUCUUUACUUCAUCUACAACAAAAUGUUGAUAUACCUGAAAUUUUGUUAAAUAUUCAUCCUGUUGUUCAAAGAGCUGUUGAAAAGUGUAAACAAGAAGGAAGAAGAGUUUCUAUUGAUGUAAUUGACCCACAACUUUUUAAAGAAUCCUCUUUUCUAAAUAAACUUCAAGCAGAUGUAAACGGUUGGAUAAAAGAAAUUCAAAAAGUCACAAAAUUAUCACGUGAUCCCACCAGUGGUACUGCCAUACAAGAAAUCAACUUUUGGUUAAGUAUGGAAGCUGCUUUGGCUGGUGUCGAUGACAAAUUGAAAAGUGAUCAAAUUGCAAAAAGAUUUCAUGCAACUGUAUCUUUUAUUGCCGAUACUGGUUUGAAAGAAGCCACUGAAAAGGUUCACAAGUACAAUCAACUCAUGAAAGAUUUUCCGCUUAAUGAAUUAUUGUCUGCGCCUGAUGUUAGUAAAGUAAAGGAAGCACUAAUGAUAAUUUAUGGUCAUUUCAAUAGAAAGUUGAGAUUAUCUCCAUAUCCAAUUAAGAAAGCUUUAGCGCUUGCUGAAGCUAUUUCACGUGAUUUAAAUGAACAAUUACUUAAAGUGCUGGGUAAUAGACGAUUAAUGUAUAUGAGUUAUGAAGAGUUCGAGAAAGUGAUGUCUGGUGCUGAAGAUGUGUUCAAGACGUGGGACGAAUGUAUUAAAGAAUUCACCAAUGUGGCUCGUGAUGUGACCAGGAAAAGAACCGACAAAUUCAUACCAAUAAAAAUCAUUCCUGCUCAUGACAAAUUACAAGAACGUGUCGACUUUGUAAGAGGUUUUAGGAAACAACAUGAACAACUGCAUCAAACCAUUCUAAAGGUUAUGACUCAACCAAAGAAAGUCCCAAAAAAAAUUGUUGAUGAAAGUGAAGAAAAUGCUGCUGCUCCUCAAGAAGAUAAUGAUAUUGAUGCUUUGGAAGAAAUUAGAUUGGCUUAUGAAAAUGUUAAAGAUAUUGAUGUGUUGGAUGUUUCACUUAUGGGCACUGAGAUUUGGAUGCAUGCUGAGAAUGCUUAUAAUGAACGUGUCUCUCGUGUUGAAAAUAAAAUUAUUUCAAGUUUGAGAGAUAGACUUGGUACUUGUAAAAAUGCAAGUGAAAUGUUUAGAGUUUUCUCUAAAUUUAAUGCGUUAUUUGUUAGACCUAAGAUUCGUGGAGCUAUUCAAGAAUAUCAAACCUUACUUUUAGAAUCUGUCAAGGAUGAUAUUGCAAAACUUCAAGAAAAAUUCACUGUGCAAUAUCAUAAUUCGCAAGCAAAUCAUAUGGCUCAACUUCGUGAUUUACCAUCAAUUUCUGGUGCUAUGAUUUGGGCUCGUCAGAUUGAACGUCAAUUACAAACUUAUAUGAAACGUGUUGAAGAUGUGUUGGGUAAAGGUUGGGAAUCACAAAAGGAUGCAUGGAAAACUGAUAUUAGUAAUCGUCGUGACUUGAACGUUAACGGUCGAUUAUUUGAAAUUACAAAAAAUAGAACUCAAAACACAUUACAAUUAGGCGUAAAUUUUGAUCCACAAAUAAUCACUUUAUUUAAAGAAGUUCGUAAUCUGCUCUGGUUAGAUCAUCAAGUUCCACAUAAUAUUAGUGGUUUGGCAAAAGUUGCUAAACGUGUCUAUCCAUUUGCCGUCAGUCUAAUGGAAACAGUGAGGACAUAUGCUCAAACUAUACAAAAAGCCAGAGAACAUCCCGAAAUUAUAAUGUUAGUUGCUAGUUAUCGUAAUGAUGUCCAGGCACAAAUUACCAAAGGCAUAAAUUAUGAAUGGAGAUAUUUUGUUGAAACUUAUGACCAUCACUAUCAUCCAAAUAUGCACAUGACUGGUUCUUUGGAUUCUCCUGAAAAUCAACAUGUGACUUUUGUCAGAGAUUUUGCAAACCAAGUCUCUAUUUUUCAAGAUAAAGUUGACGCUUUGAUAUCUGGUUAUGAAGAUAUUUCUCGUUAUAUUGAUGAUUUAAAAACUUGUUUAUACAAGAAAGCUAAACUCCAAGGAAAUUUGGAUAAAAUUCAAAAGCUUAUCGAUAGACUUAAUCUAGAGUCAUACUCAAAUCUUAAAUCGUGGGUUUCAGAACUUGAUAAACGAAUUGAAGCAGUUUUGGCGCAACGACUAGAGAAGGCAAUUAUUGCAUGGACAAAUGAAUUCACGGUUGCAGGUGAUGACUCCGGUAAUCGUGAUUCUACCUCACGUGAAGCAGUUUCUAUUAGUGGUAAAGUUGUAAAACGGGCUAGGCGGCACACUUCAAAAAAUGAAUCCGGUAUCGAUGGGGAAAGGCCGUUGGCUUCAAGAAGUGCUGAAAAACCCGAACUUGAAAUCUCUGUUCAUGAAGUUCUUAUUCUUAAUCGAGUUAUUUAUUUGGAUCCACCUGUUGAAGAAGCUAGAUCCAAUUGGUUCAAUCAAUUGCACGAAUGGCUUGCAAUUGUAUGUAAUUUACCAAGAAUUCAAAGUUCUAGAUAUGAAAUCUAUGUACAAGUUAAAGGAUCUAUUUCCGAGAAAACAUAUUCUAAUUUAUUAUCCCAAAUUCCCGAAGCAACACUUAAAAAAGCCUAUGAAGUAAUUGAAGAGAAAUUGAAAGAAAUGGGUGAAUAUGUUAAUAUUUGGUUUCAAUUUCAAUCGUUAUGGGAUUUGGAAGAUGAUUUUGUAAGCACAUAUCUUGGUGAUGAUCUUGAAAAAUGGCAACAAAUCCUUACUGAAAUUCAAAAUUCCAGAUCAACUUUUGAUAAUGCUGAAACAUCAUGUUCAUUUGGCCCUAUAGUUGUUAAAUAUGAACAAGCUCAGAACCGAGUUAAUGAGAAGUAUGAGAGAUGGCAACGUGACGUUUUGAGUAAAUUUGGAAAUAAACUUGGUGAUGUUAUGCGACAGUUCAAUGCUGACAUUUUACAUGCUCGUACAAAUCUUGAAAAUCAAACAAUUGAUAAUAAUGGUACCGGUGAUGCUGUCAUUCUGAUCACUUUUAUACAAGAUUUGAAACGUAAAAUAGCUAAAUGGGGUCAAGAUGUUGAAUUAUUCCGUAAAGGUCAAAAAACUUUAAUCAAACAAAGAUAUCAGUUCCCUAGUGAUUGGUUAUAUGCUGACCAGAUCGAUGGUGAAUGGAGUGCCUUUAAUGAAAUUUUCUCAAGGAAGGAUAGUGCCAUACAGGAACAAAUUGCUGGAUUGCAAGAAAAAAUUAUUAAAGAAGAUGAAAUUGUUGAAGCCAAAAUCAAAGAAACUGAUGCAGAAUGGGAUAAGAAUAAACCAAUUCAAGGAGAUAUUAAACCUGAUAUGGCCAUCAACACUCUUAAAGUAUAUUCAGUACGUAUCAAGAAUCUUAAAGAAGAAUAUGAUAGAGUUUGUCGUGCCAAAGAAGCUCUUGAUAUGGCACUGUCAACUGAUAGUAAACUUGAUACUAUUCUUGAAGAACUUGAAGAUCUUAAAUCAGUAUGGGAAGCUUUGGCAGAUAUUUGGCAAAAACUUGGUGUUUUGAAAGAGAAACCAUGGGCUACCACCUCACCACGUAAAAUUAGACAAGAUUUGGACAAAUUGCUUGCUGAAACUAAAGAUUUACCAAAUCGUGUCAGAACAUAUGCUGCGUUUGAUUUUACUCAGAAUGCAUUAAAAGAUUAUAUUAAAGUUAAUCCUGUUCUUUCUGAACUCAAAUCCGAAGCAUUGCAAGAUCGUCAUUGGAAACAAUUGUUCAAAACAUUACGUAUUGAAAAAAGUUAUAUUUUCUCUGAGAUGACUAUUGGCAAUGUAUGGGAUUUUGAUCUUAGAAAAAAUGAACUGGCUAUUAAAGAAAUUGUUGCUCAAGCUUCAGGUGAAAUGGCUCUUGAAGAAUUCUUGAAACAAGUUAAAGAAACAUGGUCGACUUAUAUUUUAGAAUUGGUUAAUUAUCAAAAUAAAUGUCGUUUGAUCAAAGGAUGGGAUGAUAUAUUUACUAAAUGCGGUGAACAUUUAAAUUCCUUGACUGCUAUGAAGGUAUCACCUCACUACAAAGCAUUUGAACAAGAGGCUUCAGUCUGGGAAGACAAACUGAAUAAGAUACAUGUUUUAUUUGAUGUGUGGAUUGAUGUACAACGUCAAUGGGUUUAUCUUGAGGGUAUUUUCAGCAAUAGUGCUGAUAUCAAACAUUUGUUACCAGUUGAAACUCAAAGAUUUCAUAGUAUAGAUACAGAAUUUUUAACAGUAAUGAAGAAAGUGUACAAGUCACCAUAUGUAGUUGAUGUGUUGAAUAUUUCAAAUGUACAAAAAUCAUUAGAACGGUUAGCUGAUCUUUUGAGCAAAAUUCAAAAGGCUCUUGGAGAAUACCUUGAACGUGAACGUUCCUCGUUCCCUCGAUUUUAUUUUGUUGGUGAUGAAGAUUUACUUGAAAUCAUUGGUAAUAGUAAAGAUGUUCUGAGAAUUCAAAAACAUUUCAAGAAAAUGUUUGCUGGUAUUUCCAACAUUUUAUUAAACGAAGACAAUACUAUAAUUACUGGUAUGGCAUCACGUGAAGGCGAAGAAGUUAUCUUUAAACAUCCAAUCUCACUCAAAGAACAUCCAAAAAUUAAUGAUUGGCUUACAUUGAUUGAAAAAGAAAUGAAAGUCUCACUUGCUGAAUGGCUGACUGAAUCGUUUAAUGAACUUGCCGUUUUUUAUCUUGCCGAUGAUUUAGACACCCCUUUGUUUUUGAGCUGGAUAGAAAAAUAUCCUACACAAUUAGUAGUUGUAGCAUCACAAAUUAUUUGGACUCAAUCAGUUGAAAAAGCUUUAACAACCAUGGAACAAACAGAUCGUAACGAUAUUGCACCAUUAAACAACGCACUUAACUGUUGUCUUCGUGCAUUGGAUCUUUUAGCUGACACUGUGCUUCAAGACCUACCAACCACACAACGUAAAAAAUGCGAACAUCUUGUUACUGAGAUUGUUCAUCAACGUGAUUUGCUUCGUCAACUCAUAAAAAGCAAAACAUCAUCACCAAAAGAUUUUGAAUGGUUGUAUCAAAUGAGAUUCUAUUUUAAUUCUAGUCUGGAAGAUCCUUUGGUUCGUCUUACAAUCAGAAUGGCAAAUGCACAAUUUUACUAUGGUUAUGAAUAUCUUGGUAUACCAGAUCGUUUAGUACAAACACCUCUUACUGAUCGUUGUUAUCUCACUUUAACUCAAGCUUUGGAAGGAAGAUUAGGAGGAAGAACUGGCAAGUGUUGGGGUAAAGGUACCAAAUUUAUUAUGUAUGAUGGAUCAGAGAAAGCAGUCGAAGAAAUUGUUGUCGGUGAUAAAUUAAUGGGCGAUGAUAGCACAGCCAGAAAUGUUCAUUCAAUAACUCGUGGAAUUGGACAAAUGUAUAAGAUUAUUCCCAAUGAACAUUCAUCACCAGCUGAACCAUUUACAUGUAACGACGAACAUAUUUUAGUUCUUGCAAUUUCCGAGAAACCAAAAAUACAACAUUUUAUUAACAAUUCAACAGAAAAAAGUCCAUGUUAUAAAGUUAAAUGGUAUUCUCACGAUCCAAUUUCAAAUUCCAUCAAACUCAAUUGCAAAACAUUCACUUAUCAAUCAAACAAUACGAUUGACGAAGAAAUCAAACAAAAACAAGCCCAAACGUUCUGUUCUAAAGUUCCUGAUUUGACUUGCAACAAUUUCAAAUGGGAAAUUAGUGUUAAACAAUUCUUGAGUUAUAAAAAAUCAAUUCAAAAUGUCUGUAGAAUGUAUAAACCAUCAGAAGUUCAUUUCUCGGCAUUUAAAGGUCAAUUCAAAAAAGUUUUAGAUAAUGUACUUGGUUUCGAUUCAACUGAUGAUCAAAUCAAAUCAUUCUCUUGGCUUAUUGGUGCUUGGAUAGCUGGUGGAUUUAAAAAAUCGAUUUUAACUAACAAGAGUGCGAAAAUUGUAAAAAACCAAAUGACCGAAAAAUUAGAAGGGUGCGGCAAAUUACUUGGAUUAAGUCUUAGAUUUUACAAAUUUAACAAAAACAAUGAUGAAAUAAUCAAAAUUGAAUACAAAACUCUUAAAAAUGAAAAUGAUGAAUAUAGUCAAUUACAUAAUAAAUUUACCAACCUUUUAAGUCGAUUAGAAAUUUUAGAUGGUAAUAAUGUUCCAAACUUUAUGAUGAUGGAGGACAUAGAAACAGUUCGUCUACCACUUCUUGGUGGACUUCUUGAUGCAGGCGGUUAUUUUGUUGAAGGCAGAGAAUAUUCAUUUGAACUGGAGCAAAGAAAUAUUGCAGAACGUGUUGCUAGAAUAGCUAAUCUUUCAGGUUUCCGUGUAAAUAAUUUCAAUACAAUCACCAAAAUUGGAAAUAAGUCAAGAAAUCCUUUUGGAGAAAUAAAAAGUAACAACAAGGCUAAAGCAGAAUGCUUCAGUUUAUUUAUUACUGGUGGAAAUAUAAAUGAUAUUCCAACAAUUGUUAAAAAUAAAUCGGUACAAAAUCUUGUUAAUGAUCCAUCUGAUUACACAUGGAAAUUUAAUGUCGAAACUUUGCAACAUGACGAUUAUUAUGGAUUUACUGUUGACGGAAAUCCACUUGGUGUACAACUUGGUAGAUUUGUGCUUGUAUUCUGUUGUGAUGAGAAUUUUGAUUUCCAAGCUAUGGGCCGUAUUUUUGUUGGUCUUUGUCAAGUAGGAGCAUGGGGAUGUUUUGAUGAGUUCAAUCGUUUAGAAGAAAGAAUCUUGUCAGCUGUAUCACAACAAGUACAAACAAUUCAACUUGGCUUGAAAGCAAUUAUGGAUAAUCCUAAGGCUGAAGUAGAAAUUGUAGGAAAGAGUCUUACAGUCAAUGCUAAUACUGGUAUCUUUAUUACUAUGAAUCCUGGAUAUGCUGGUAGAUCCAACUUGCCUGACAACUUGAAGAAAUUGUUUAGAAGUAUUGCCAUGACUAAACCAGAUCGUGAACUUAUUGCACAAGUGAUGUUGUAUUCUCAGGGUUUCCGUACAGCGGAAAUCCUUGCAUCAAAAGUCGUGCCUCUAUUUAAUCUUUGUGCAGAACAACUUUCACCACAAGCUCAUUAUGAUUUUGGUCUGAGAGCAUUAAAGAGUGUACUUGUUAGUGCUGGUAAUAUGAAACGUGAACGUCUUCAACAUUUAAGAGCAGCGAUUCAAGCAGGCGAAAAAGAUGAUACCGAAUACACAAAAAUAUCUGAACCAAUACCUGAGCAAGAAAUUAUGAUUCAAAGUGUUCGCGAAACUAUUGUUCCUAAAUUAGUUGCUGAUGAUAUUCCAUUGUUAACAAGUUUAAUGACUGAUGUAUUCCCGGGAGUUGAAUAUGUGCCUGUUGAUCUUGAAAAACUUACAGAGGAAAUCAAAAAAGUUUGUAAAGAGAAAAGACUUUUUGAUGGUGAAAUGUGGAUGGAAAAAACUCUUCAACUUUAUCAAAUUCAAAAUAUUCAUCACGGUUUAAUGAUGGUAGGUCCAUCUGGAUCUGGAAAAACAAUGGCCUGGAAGGUAUUAUUAGAAGCAUUGGAAAGAGUGCAAGGUGUUGAGGGUGUGCCAUAUGUUAUUGAUCCUAAAGCAGUAUCCAAAGAUGAUCUUUACGGUACUUUGGAUCCUACAACUCGUGAAUGGACUGAUGGUCUUUUCACUCAUAUUUUAAGAAAAAUUAUUGAUAAUGUACGUGGUGAAAGUGCAAAAAGGCAUUGGAUUAUUUUUGAUGGUGAUGUUGAUCCUGAAUGGGUAGAAAAUUUAAAUAGUGUGUUGGAUGACAAUAGGUUAUUGACAUUACCUAACGGUGAACGUUUGGGUUUACCACAUAAUGUAAGAAUUAUGUUUGAAGUAGAGAAUUUGAAAUAUGCAACAUUGGCUACUGUCAGUCGCUGCGGUAUGGUCUGGUUUAGUGAAGAAGUAGUGACAUUGGAGCUGCUCUAUAAUAAUUAUUUGGAAACACUUAGAAGCGUUUCAUUAGAUGAAAAUGAAGAGGAGGAUAGUGUAGCUAAUGCACAUAGAAAUGAAUCUGAAGAAGAAAGCUCACCACACAUGAACACACAACGUGCCAUUGCAACAAUACUUUCUAAACAUAUGACUGAUAAUGGUUUAGUUACAAAAGCUCUUGAGCAUGCAGAAAAAUUGACUCAUAUUAUGGAUUUCACAAAAGCGAGAGUCUUGAGUACUUUGUUUUCAUUAUUGAAUAAAACAGUAAGGAAUGUUAUUGAAUACAAUGUACAACAUCCUGAUUUCCCAAUGGGAGCUGAACAUAUGGAAGGUUACGUUAUAAAAAGAUUAGUGCUUGGUGUAAUUUGGAGUUUCUCUGGUGAUGCUAAACUUGAUUUACGUGCAAAUCUCGGUGAUUAUAUUCGUGGAAUUACAACAGUUGAUUUACCACCUGCUCAACCGGGUUCUUCUAUUAUUGAUUAUGACGUACAAAUUAGCAAUGGUGAAUGGGUACCAUGGGCUGGAAAAGUUCCUACUAUUGAAAUCGAGACUCAUAAAGUUUCAUCAGCUGAUAUAGUUAUUCCAACAGUUGACACGGUACGUCACGAAGAAGUUUUGUAUUCAUGGCUUUCAGAACACAAACCUCUGUUACUAUGUGGUCCACCAGGUUCAGGAAAAACCAUGACUCUUUUCAGUGCUCUUAGAAAAUUACCUGACAUGGAAGUAGUAGGUCUUAAUUUCUCAAGCGCUACCACACCCGAAUUGGUUCUUAAAACUUUUGAACAAUAUUGUGAAUAUAAAAAGACUCCAAAUGGUAUUAUAUUGGCUCCAGUAGCAAUUGGUCGUUGGAUUGUAGUAUUUUGUGAUGAAAUCAAUUUGCCUGCAACUGAUAAUUAUGGUACACAACGUGUUAUUUCAUUCUUGAGACAAUUAUUCGAAUAUGGUGGUUACUGGAGAGCUUCUGAUAAGUCUUGGGUUAAACUUGAAAGAAUUCAAUUUGUUGGUGCUUGUAAUCCUCCCACUGAUCCUGGUCGAGUACCUUUAACUCAUAGAUUCCUUCGUCAUUCUCCAUUGGUUAUGGUUGAUUAUCCUGGACAAAUAUCCCUCAACCAAAUUUACGGAACUUUCUCGCGUGCUAUGUUAAAAGUUGUUCCAGCACUCCGUGCAUACGCAGAAAAUCUUACAGCGGCAAUGGUAGACUUUUUCUUGAUGUCCCAAAAAAGAUUUACACCAGACAUUCAAGCACAUUAUAUUUAUUCGCCUCGUGAGUUGACCAGAUGGAUGAGAGGUAUUUAUGAAGCUAUUAAACCUAUGGAAACCCUUACUGUUGAAGGAUUGAUUAGAAUUUGGGCACAUGAAGCUCUUCGUCUAUUCCAAGAUCGUCUUGUUGGAGAAGAUGAAAGAAAAUGGACAGAUGAUAACAUUGAUGCAAUUGCCAUGAAACAUUUCCCUAAUCUAAACCAAGAAGAAGCUUUAACCAGACCAAUUUUAUACUCAAACUGGUUGUCCAAAUUUUAUAUUCCAGUACAACGUGAUGAUUUACGUGAUUAUGUCAAGGCUAGACUUAAAGUAUUUUAUGAAGAAGAAUUGGAUGUUCCACUUGUGUUAUUUAAUGAUGUAUUAGAUCAUGUAUUAAGAAUUGAUCGUGUGUUCCGUCAGAUGCAAGGACAUUUACUUUUAAUUGGUGUGAGUGGUUCUGGUAAAACAACAUUAUCUAGAUUUGUUGCUUGGAUGAAUGGUCUAAGUGUUUUCCAAAUCAAAGCACAUAAUAAAUAUACUGGUGAUGAUUUUGAUGAGGAUUUGAGAACAGUGUUAAGACGUUGUGGUUGCAAGGCAGAAAAGAUUUGCUUUAUUAUGGAUGAAUCUAAUGUAUUAGAUUCUGGAUUUUUGGAACGUAUGAAUACGCUUUUGGCUAAUGCCGAAGUUCCAGGUUUAUUUGAAGGUGAUGAAUUCAACACAUUGAUGACAAGUUGUAAAGAAGGUGCUCAAAAGGAAGGCUUGAUGUUAGAUUCAAAUGAAGAGUUGUACAAAUGGUUCACACAACAAGUGAUGAAAAAUUUACAUGUUGUAUUUACAAUGAAUCCCCCAGAAGGUGGUUUAGCUUCACGUGCGGCAACUUCGCCUGCUUUGUUCAAUCGUUGUGUGCUUGAUUGGUUCGGUGAUUGGUCAGAUCAAGCCUUCUUCCAAGUUGGUAUUGAAUUUACUCAAAGUUUAGAUUUAGAUCUACCUAGUUAUUCUCCUCCAUCCAACUUCCCAGUUGUAUAUCGUGCGUUAUCAUCUUCACCAAUACAUCGUCAUGCCCUUGUGAAUGCAUUUGUGUAUGUUCAUCAGUCACUUUAUGAAAUCAAUGCCAAGUUGAGUAAACGCCAAGGAAAAUAUAAUUAUGUUACUCCUCGUCAUUACUUAGAUUUCAUUAAUCAGUAUGUAAGAUUAUUCAAUGAGAAACGUGAAGAUUUAGAAGAACAACAACGUCAUUUAAAUAUUGGUUUAGAGAAAUUAAGAGAUACCGUGAUUAAAGUAGAAGAAUUGAAAAAGAGUUUGAGUAUCAAAGAAAAAGAAUUAGAGAGAAAAGAUAAGGAAGCCAAUGAAAAAUUGAACAAAAUGGUUAAGGAUAAAGAAAUAGCAGAAGUAAAUGAAAAGGAAUCCAGACAACUUCAAAAAGUUGUCGAGAUUCAAAACAAGGAAAUUGAGGAAAGAAGAGCUGUUGUAUUGAGAGAUAUUGCAAAUGCACAACCUGCUGUUGAGGAAGCCAAGAAAAGUGUACAAGGUAUUAAGAAACAGCAACUUACUGAAGUGCGUUCAAUGGCAAAUCCACCAGAAGCGGUGAAACUUGCUAUGACAUCUGUAUGUACUAUACUUGGGUUUAAAAUUGAUACUUGGAAAGGUGUACAAGGUGUUAUUCGUAGAGACGAUUUUAUUACUAGCAUUGUAAAUUUUGAUACAGACAAAAACAUGACCAAAUCUCUUAGAGAAACAAUGAGAAAUGACUAUCUUAGCAAACCACAAUACAAUUAUGAAACGGUUAAUAGAGCUAGUAAAGCUUGUGGUCCAUUGGUCAAAUGGGUAGAAGCUCAAGUCAAUUAUUCAACAAUUUUAGAUUCUGUUGGUCCAUUACGUAAAGAAGUAGAUGAUUUAGAACAAAAAUUACAAGAACUUAAAGCCAAAUUGGAAGCACUUGAUCAAACGAUUAAGGAUACGGUGAAGCAGAUUGCAGUCUAUAAAGAAGAAUACACUGUUUUGAUGACAGAAAGAGGAGAAAUCAAAAAUGAAAUGAUACAAGUGAAAAACAAGGUUGAUCGUAGUUUGAAACUUCUUGACAGUUUAUCGUCAGAAAAAGGAAGAUGGGAAAGUGGUAGUCAAACAUUUGAGACACAAAUGGGUACUAUUGUUGGUGAUGUAUUGCUUUCAGCAGGAUUCCUUGCUUAUGGUGGUUACUUUGAUCAACAAUAUCGUGAAAUUUUAUUAAAUAAAUGGACAAAUCAUCUUGUCAGUGCCAAUAUUCAAUUCAAACCAGACAUAUCAUUGACUGAAUAUUUAUCAUCAGCUGAUGAUAGACUUUCAUGGCAAGAAAAUUCACUUCCAGCAGAUGACCUUUGUACAGAAAAUGCUAUUAUGCUUAAACGUUUUAACAGAUAUCCACUUAUUAUUGAUCCAUCAGGUCAAGCAUCAGCGUUUUUGAUGAAUGAGUUUAAAGAUAAAAAGAUUACUAUAACCAGCUUCUUGGAUGAUUCAUUUAUCAAGAAUUUAGAAAGUGCUCUUCGUUUUGGUAAUCCAUUACUUAUCCAAGAUGUAGAACAUUUAGAUCCUAUUCUUAAUGCAGUAUUAAAUAAAGAAUUGAGGCGUACUGGUGGUCGUGUAUUGAUUCGUUUGGGUGGACAAGACAUAGAUUUCUCGCCGUCAUUUACACUCUUCCUUUCAACUCGUGAUCCGUCAAUUAAUUUCCCACCGGAUGUGUGCAGUAGAGUCACUUUUGUUAACUUUACAGUAACACGUGGCAGUUUACAAAGUCAAUGUCUCAAUCACGUCCUUAAGGUUGAAAGGCCUGAUACAGAUAAAAAAAGAACAGACGUAAUUAAACUUCAAGGAGAAUUCAGAUUAAAAUUAAGACAUCUUGAGAAAUCUUUAUUGCAAGCUUUAAAUGAAUCUAAAGGAAAUAUUUUGGAUGAUAAUAAAGUUUUAGACACAUUGGAAACAUUGAAGAAGGAAGCUGCAGAAAUUACAAGUAAAGUCGAGGAAACUGAAGGUGUUAUGCAAGAAGUCGAACAAGUAACUGCAGAGUAUACACCACUUGCACAAGCAUGUAGUUAUGUCUUCUUUGUGAUGGAACAAAUGAAUUUAUUGCAUCACUUUUAUCAAUUUUCACUUGAAUAUUUCAAUGAAAUUUUCCAAUUUAUUCUUCGUGAAAAUCCAAAUCUUAAAGAUGUUACUGAUAAUAGUGAAAGGUUAAGAAUUCUUAUGAAAGAUCUUUUUAAUGUUACAUUUUAUAGAGUUUCUCGUGCCCUAUUACAUGAAGAUUAUGUUACCUUUGCAAUUUUAUUAGCACAAGUCAAACUUCGUAAUGAAUCCAAUCAAUUGGAUGAAACUGAAUAUGAUUUCUUAUUGAGUGGUGGUGAUGUAGUGCCUGGAUCCAAAGCUAGUGCACGGGAAUUAGGUUUACCAGAAGGAUUGUUUGAUAGUGAUCAACUAUGUCGUAUCAAAGAAUUCGCAACUCUCAAAUGUUUCUCGGGUCUUACCAAACAUAUUGCAAAUAAUGAAGAAGAAUGGCAGGAAUUUUUUGACGCUGAUGCAGCCGAAAAACAUAUUCCAGUUUGUUGGGAUAGCUCAUUACCACCAAUUGCAUUUGAUCCAGGAUUUAUUGGUCAAGCAGAGUUGAAUCUUAAGGAAAUGGUUUUGGAUGAAAUUCAACCAAGCACACCUAUAUCAUUAUGUUCAGUUCCUGGAUAUGAUGCAAGUUACCGUGUGGACAAUCUUGUAGCAGAACUUAAUAUUAAAUGUAAAUCAGUUGCAAUGGGAUCACAAGAAGGAUUUACGUUAGCAGAUCAAGCUAUUGCAGCAUCAGUUAAAAAUGGUGAAUGGGUAUUGUUGAAGAAUGUACAUCUUGCACCAUCAUGGCUUGGACAUUUAGAAAAGAAAUUACAUAGUAUGAAACCAAAUAGAAAUUUCAGAUUGUUCCUUACCAUGGAAACAAAUCCAAAAGUACCAGUGAAUUUAUUACGUCUAUCUCGUGUCUUGAUGUUUGAACCACCACCAGGAAUUAAAGCUAAUCUUCACGAAUCACUUAAAAGCAUACCAGUCAGCCGUAUUUCCAAAGGCCCAACUGAAAGAGUUCGUUUAUACUUUUUACUUUCGUGGUUACACGCAAUUGUUCAAGAAAGACUUCGAUAUGUACCACUUGGUUGGACAAAGAUUUAUGAAUUCAAUGAUUCUGAUCAAGAUUUUGCAUUCAAUACUAUUGAUGCAUGGUUGGAUUCAGUUGCUCAAGGCAGAGCAAAUAUAGCACCUGAAAAAAUACCAUGGGAUGCUAUUCGUAUAUUAAUAUCAAUCGUAGCUUAUGGUGGUCGUAUUGACAAUGAAUUUGAUAAACGGCUAUUAGAGAAUUUUGUAAACAAUUUAUUUACACCAACUUCAUAUGAUCUAGACUUUCCACUUGUAAUAUCAGAAGAGGACAAUAAAUUGGUGAUACCUGAAGGAUCUAAAAUUGAUCAAUUCAUGGAAUGGGUUAACAAAUUACCGGAUCGUGAGCCGCCAGUAUGGUUAGGAUUACAAAGUAAUGCUGAAAGAGUGCUAGCAACCACACAAGCAAAUGCAAUGCUUGUUAAGAUUUGUAAGAUGAAGAGUUUAUCUGACGAUGAUGAAGUUGCAUAUACUCAAGAAUCAAGUUCACAAUCAUCUGCAGCAUCAUUACAACCAGCUUGGAUGAGAGCAUUAUUUACUACAGUAGACAAUUGGUUGAAGUCAUUGCCAGAGAAAUUGAAGCCAAUGAAUCGUACUGCAGAAAGUAUCAAGAAUCCAUUAUUUAGAUUCUUUGACCGUGAAAAUCAAAUUGGACGUAGCCUUUUAAAGAAAAUAAGACAAGAUUUAGAUGACAUUAAAUUAGUUUGUGAAGGAGAAUUGAAACAAACAAAUCAUUUGCGUAUGUUACUUAAUUGCUUAACAAAAGGUAUGAUACCAGAUCAUUGGAAAAAAUAUAAAGUACCUAGAUCGGUUUCUUUGAAUCAUUGGAUUGCAGAUUUCAAGAGUCGUUUACAGCAACUUGAAGAGAUAACAAAGGAGAGCGACUAUGCUAGUUUAGAAGUAUGGCUAGGUGGACUUUUUAUGCCUGAGGCAUACAUUACAGCUACACGACAAGCAGUAGCACAAAAACACAAAUGGUCACUUGAAGAAUUAAGAUUAGAAUUUGAUUUAAAUACUGCAGGAUCACCAGAUUCAUUCACAGUAUCAGGAGCACAAUAUCAAAACAAACAAAUUCAAAUUGUAGCGAAUCCGAUGAUCAAAUUAGAAUUAUCACAAAUUCGGUGGGUAUUAAAGACGGAAGUAGCUGAAACUAAUGAAAAUACUGUCAAUCUUCCUGUGUACCUUAACGAAGACAGAAGUGAUUUAUUGUUUGCUGUUAACGUUGAUGCCAAACCUUCUGAAAAGAAAAUGAUUGCUCAGCGUGGCAUUGCAUAG